UCCGGUUCCUGUCUUGUAACGCUGACGAAUCAGUAAGGUGGGUUUGCUGACGGCGGCCGGGGAGGGUCAUUCAGUGUGAGACGUGUCGCUUUCCUCUCAUCCUCUCUCUACCUCGGUCAUGGCUCCCAAAGGCAGCAACAAGCAGCAGUCCGAGGAGGACUUACUACUGCAGGACUUCAGCCGCAACCUGUCUGCCAAAUCCUCGGCACUCUUCUACGGGAACGCCUUCAUCGUGUCAGCCAUCCCCAUCUGGCUGUACUGGAGAAUAUGGCACAUGGAUCUGGUGCAGUCAGCUGUCCUGUACAGUGUAAUGACCCUUGUCAGCACAUACCUUGUGGCCUUUGCUUAUAAGAAUGUCAAAUUUGUUCUCAAACACAAGGUGGCGCAGAAGCGAGAGGAUGCUGUCUCCAGAGAGGUGACCCGCAAGCUUUCAGAGGCUGACAAUAGGAAGAUGUCCCGUAAGGAGAAGGAUGAGAGGUUUGAUAUCUGUAAACAGGGAACUUGUCAGAAAGGGAUCCUUUGGAAGAAAAAUGAAGUUGCUGACUAUGAAGCCACCACUUUCUCAAUUUUCUACAACAACACCCUCUUCCUGGUUGUGAUCAUUGUCGCCUCAUUCUUCUUACUGAAAAACUUCAACCCUACAGUCAAUUACAUUCUGUCACUAAGUGUUUCUUCAGGUCUUAUUGCUCUGCUGUCCACAGGAUCAAAAUAAACUUUGACUGGCGCAACUGACU